UUGAAACACGGAAAGGGAAACGCAGUUAUCAAAUACUGUAAAUUUUACCUCGAAUACCUAGGUUAAAUGCUCAAUCUACUACGGGGAAACACGGCGAAGACAGAAGUUAACACCAUGUCGAGACGUAGAGCCAUUGCAAGAAGUGGGCCUCCUAUUCAUAGAAUCAGAGAAAACUCGAGACUUAUGCGCACUCAUGAAUCUAUGGUUGAUUUCAUUCAAGGACGUCGCCCUUCAAACUCCUUAUUUGAUGUCUUAUCCCAUGGCUUGUUUGGUUUAGAUUUUUUAAGGAAUUUUGACGGAAACCUUGAAGACGACAUUAUUUAUUCAGAUGAUGAUGAUGAUGAUGAUUACGAUCACUGCAGUCCACAAUAUUCUCCUAACAGGCCGUUAGAACCCCAUCCAAGAAUAAGACAACUCACUGAGGAGGAAGCAGAUAAACAUGCAAAAGAAUUGGUAGAAGAAGAAGAACGGCGUAAGGAGAGAACUGAGCGGAACAAGCGCAAAAAAAUGCGUAAGAAGGAAAAGAAGCGAUUAGAAAAGGAGAAUGCUGUUAAAAACAAUAUACCUGAGGAUGAACAAACGAAAUCAGACUCCUCAGAAAAUCAGGAAGAAAAUCCUAAAAUUGAAAGUAAAGGAGCUGCAAAUGAUUCUGCUGAGUCUGGAAAAACACAAAAUGAAGCUGGGGCAGCGGGAUCUGACCAGAGCAAAGAUGAAAAUAAAGAAGAAAAUCUUUUGAAAAUUAAUAAUAAAGAAGAAGUGGGACAAAAGGAUUUGGAAUUAAAAUGUUCAAAUGCUUGUACAAAUGAAACCAUGCCUAAAGUGACAACAAGCCAGAAGCCUGCAAAAGAUCGAAAAAAGGAAAAAAAUAAGUCACCUGAAAUUCAGCAACCAAAGGAAGAAAAACCAAAAGUUAUGGUGAAACCAGAAAUUAAAAAGAAGAUAGAAGAGAAAGAAGAACCUGUUAAAGAGGAAACAGCAGAUCCCCCUGCAGAAGAGAAUGCAAGAAAAAGCAGAGAGCUUGCUUGUAAUGGAAAUCGCUUGGCUGCCUGUGGACAGUACGAGAUGGCAGUGAAAUACUUUACCGACGCCAUUAGAUACAACCCAAAGGAAUUUAAGUUAUUUGGAAAUCGGUCGCUCUGCUAUGAGAGGAUGGAGCAGUAUGAGAACGCUCUCCGGGAUGCUGACUUAGCACUGUGCAUGGAGCCAAACUGGAUUAAAGGUUUAUUUAGGAAAGGGAAAGCUCUCUGUGGACUCAAGAGAUACUAUGAGGCCUCUCUGAUCUAUAAAGAAGUGUUAAGGUUGGACAGUUCGAGCACUGACGCCAUGAAAGAGCUGAAACGAGCGCAAACAUUGCACCUCAUGGAAAUGGGAUUCACCUGGGCGCAGAGCUCUGAGGCCCUGAAAACACACGCCACACUAGAGGAAGCUGUCGAAGCUCUGUUUGGGGGAGAAAGUGGUCCGAGUUUAGGAGGAGCCCGUGCUAGCAGGGAAAUUCCAUACCAACCAGAGCUGCAGGAAGAAGUAGAUAGCGGGUGGACUGUCCUUCGAGCGAGAGCUCCCAGAACUCAACAGGCUAGAGAGACUGAGGGUUUUGAACAAGUCAGAGCAAACUCUCAGUCACCGACACCUGGCUCAAGGCUCGCUGUGAAAUCGACUCCUUACUCUGUUUGGGUUGGAUCUUUGGCCCCUGCUGUCACCUACACAACACUCCACGAGGUCUUCAGCAGAGCGGGGACGGUGCACAGCAUCAAGAUGCUGCUGGAACAACAGUGUGCCUUUAUUAACUACGCUAGAAGAGAAGACUGUGAGAGAGCCAUCCAGUUCAUCAAUGGCAUGGUUGUAGAAGGCUCUCCACUCAAUGUACGAUAUCCCAUGAAAAUCCACAAUGGACCCGGCUCCUACAAGAAGGAGUGCUUCUUCUGGAGGACAACAGGCUGCACAAGGUCGGACUGCACCUUCAGACACGUCCCAGAGAACAAGAACAUCGACAAAGCCAAAUUCACCAGUAGACUGGGCAAUUUUCACGUGUAGAAAACACAGACAUCGCAAGCAUGAAGCUCUUCCUUUGAUUUUGUUGCAGUGGAGCUGAACAGGGUUGAUUUUUGUUAUGGUUAUGGUUAAAUUUCAGCUGCAGAAAACUUCAUUGUGUUUGGAUUUGCAAUUAUUUGUUGCGUGUUUGGUUCAGUGUUUGCUCCUUGAAGGCCCACCAUUGCUGGACAAAUAAAAAGGACACAGCUAUGUUAAAGUCCUGUAUUGUUGUAGUAGUAAAUAAACAUCAAACUUCCAGAGUCCUUUACAGUUUAACUUUCAGGAGUAGUUUUAAUUUUUCUCAUCUGUUCAAGGUUGUCUUAAGAGAUCUGUAUUCACUCAGUUGGAUUGUUUUUAAAAUCAACCAUUUCUGUUUUACAGCCACCACUAGAUGGCACUCUUAUCUUUAAAUAUUGCUGCUGUCUUUUCUGUUUUUGUGUUUUUAAAGGCUGUGCCUAUAAUCAGUCGGCUUAUACAGGCCUAAAAAAACAGUGAAUUGUGUUUUCAGCACUUUUAAUAAUCCAUGUUUUAAUUUGAAGCUGUUAGCAAGUUACAGGGGAAUUCAGUGAUUGUGUUCAUCUUAAGGAGAAUCUGUUUUAUAGCAUUAGGAUUCAAAGUGUUUUGAAAAAGUGCCUUUCAAUAGUACCAUAGUAUGAUUACUGUAAGUGAAUACAAGGGGAACUAAACAUAAAAUACACAGAGCCAAAGACUUGAUGUUGGAGUGAACGGCUUCAUUGAGUUUCUCAGUUGUCCUCACUCAGUAUAAUCUUAAGUCACAGCCUCACUGAUGAUCAAUGAAAAACCUGUGAGAAAAAUAGUCUAGAGUUGAUCUCGCUUCAUGCAACUACUGCAGACCUCUCACCACACAGUAUGACCAGAUAUGUGUUUAAAAGAAUUUUAAAUAUAAUCUGUCUGAUACUGAUGGUUUUCCCAAGGCUGUUUUUGUUCUUCAGUUUGUCACCACUCUCUGCAAUUCAGGUUAUGUAACACAGGACCUUUUUGUCUUGACUGGCUGAUUUGAAGUGAAGACAUUUUUGUCCCAAUGUCAACCUUCAGAAAUAUUUCAAAAUAAAAUCUAAUAACUGAUAUUUAUAGAAGAUCAAGACUAUAUAAAGUCAGCUAAGUGUUGUUAAACAAGCUGAAAGUGUUAAAAACAUGUAGAGGUGUCCUGGCAUCAUGUCGCUAUUUCCAACUUUUCUCCCCAAUAAAAGUCAAACUUUC